AGUUAAACAAACAAAAAAUGUGAAGUAAGAAUUCAACAUCCUGAGAAUCUCAGCUUCUUUCUUUUUAUUUGUGAUGUAAAAUGCACACUGCUAGCACUGCUGUCAAGAUACGACUGAGAAGGCAUGGGCAGAGACCACGUGAGCAGGCAGUUCUUCUUCCUCUCUCAUAAUACGAGAACCCAGGACCAUUCAACGAACAUUGGGAGAUGCAGGGCAGACAAACCAAAGGAUUUCUUCACACAGUUGAACUAUGGCAUUCGCUCCCACCAGAGGCAGUGAAGGCUACCAACUGAGAUGGCUUUAAAAGAGAAUUAGCAUCUUUCAGAGAUGCCCUGACAAAUUUAUGAAAGAUAAGGCUACCAAUGGUUGCUAGCUAUGAUGGCUGUUCUCUACCUUCACAUCUGAGGCAGUAUUUGUUAAGGAUAACGGUUUAAUUGCCUGAAAUGGGAAUGUUUGCUUCUGUUGAAUUGAUGUGUAUUUUUAGCAUAGGUUCUUUUUUCCUUUGGCGGUAGCUCUCUCAUGAUUGGCUGACUGUGAGUCACAUGAGAGAGGCAUUCCAUUCUGUUGUGACUGUUAUUCAAGUAACUGUCGUUUUUAACUGGCUUUCUGCUUCUGUGUGUGUGUGAAGGGGAAUGGCUGCUGAGAGAGGUUUCUCAGGAUCUGCUAAGGACAGUGUGUGUUAGUGUCAUCUUUCUGAAGUGAAUCAGACAGAGGAGAUUCCCUAAAUGUUAAUAGGGAGAAACCUGAGCAUGAUAUUAGAGAAAUGGAAGCUGAGAGGAUGAAGAUUGUCCAGAAGUGGAAGGAGAUGCACCAGAUUCUCGAUGAGCAGCAGCAGCUCCUGCUGAGGUGGCUACAGAACAUGGAGGGUGACGUUCUCCGCAGAAAGAAGGAGGUUCUCCAAAUCACCAGGGAGACUUCCCUCCCCCGUGAACUGGAAAAGGAGAAGAAGCCACAGCAGCCAUUACUGGCUGCAUACCCUCUACAUUUUAAAAGCACGUUUCCCCUCUCAAUGAUUUCUGGCGCUAUAGUUAACACCGCACAGAGUUACAAUUACCAGGGUUUACACAGCACUGGCCGCAGAGACGAUACAUUCUUCCCGAAACCACAGCCGGAUUUGGGGGAGCUGGAGAAGAGGCUGAGCGAUUUCUCCCACAAAAGGGCUGCUUUGCUGGAAACGCUGCUGGCAUUCAAAGGAAAUCUGCAUCUGGAGUUGAAGAGGAAUGGAGCAGGAGAAGGCCAGGUGAGCAACAUGGAGGAUGAGAAACCUCUGAUGGAUCAUACUGAGCAACAGGAACGGAAUGAUAGGACAGCGGAAGGAGCAGCAGAGAAAAUGUCUGUGUGCCCUGAACCGAAGGCCACUUCUGAGGAUGAACAUGGCUCAAAAAGAGAGCAGAGGAAAUGUCUGGACAAAGGGGACGAGGACAAAUCUAUUCCCUGCAAAGGAAACAACUGUGACCUUGAUGGGCACAAAGUUCUGCCAAGGACUCAACAGAUCAAGAAGCAAAGGGUGUGUGCCGAGUGCGGGAAAUGCUUCAGUCAGAAGUCAAACCUUAUUACACAUCAGAGAAUCCACACCGGUGAGAAGCCGUACGAGUGUGCCGACUGCGGGAAGAGCUUCUGCCAGAGAUCGGGCCUCAUUUCGCACCAGAGAACCCACACGGGUGAGAGGCCGCACAAAUGCUCGCACUGCCAGAAGAGCUUCCGGUUCCACUCCAACCUCAUCAUGCACGAGAGGACUCACACGGAGGAGAAGCCGUACAAGUGCUCGCGUUGCGGGAAGCGCUUCAACCAGCGGUCGAACCUCGUCAGUCAUGAAGGGACCCACCGGCAGGAGAAGCCGUGCAAGUGUUCCGAGUGCGGGAAAAGCUUCCGCCGGAGCUCAGAGCUCACUGUCCACAUGAUGACCCACACGGGGGAAAAGCCAUACAAGUGCCUCCAAUGCGAAAAGGGGUUCAGGAGGAGGGCAGACCUCAUUGUGCAUGAGAGGACCCACACGGGAGAGAAGCCAUACGGCUGCCCCCAUUGCGGGAAAAGCUUUAGCCAGAGGUCAGGUUUAAUUGCACAUGAGCGGACGCACUCAGCAGAGAAGCCGCAUGAGUGCGUGGUGUGCGACAAGGGCUUCAGCCACACUGCACACCUUGCCUCGCACGAGAAGCCAGACCUCACCACGCACCACCAGAACCGCACUGGCGAGAAGCCUUACGAAUGCGCAGACUGUGGGAAGAGCUUCUGCCAGAGAUCGAAACUCGCCGUCCACCAGAAAACCCACGUGCGCGAGAAGCCGUACAAAUGCUCUCACUGCGAGAAGAGCUUUGGCUUCCGGUCCUACCUCAUCGCACAUGAGAGAAUCCACACAGGGGAGAAGCCAUUCAAAUGCGCGCGUUGUGGGAAGGGCUUCAGCCAGCGGUCGGCCCUCAGAGGUCACGAAGGGACUCACGAGGAAGAGAAGCCUUACAAGUGCUCCGAGUGCGGGAAAAGCUUCUGCCGGAGCUCAGAGCUCCUCGUCCACCUGAUGACCCACACGGGGGAGAAGCCGUACAAGUGCCCUCAGUGCGGGAAGCGCUUCAGGAGGAAGCCGGAGCUCAUCAUCCACGAGAGGAUUCACACGGGCGAGAAGCCGUACAAGUGCACAGACUGCGGGAAAAGCUUCAGCCAGAUGUCGGGCCUCCUCAGUCACGGACGUACCCACCGGGAAGAGAAGCCGUACAAGUGCUCCGAGUGCGGAAGGGGUUUCAGGAGGAAGCCAGACCUCACCGUGCACGAGAGGACCCACAAGGGGGAAAAACCGUACAAGUGCGUGGAGUGCGGGAAGGGGUUCAGGAGGAGGACGGAUCUCAUUGUGCACGAGAGGACCCACACAGGGGAAAAACCGUACAAGUGCCCUCACUGCGAGAAAAGCUUCAGGCAGAAGCCAGGCCUGAACGUGCACCAGAGGACCCACACAGAGGAAAAGCCGUAGAAAUGUGUGGUUUGCGACAAGAGCCAUGCUUCACACCUUUCUGUGCAUGAGAUGACCCACAUGGAAAAGCGGCCAUUCAAGUGCCUGGACUGUGGGAAAAGCUUUGACUGGAAACUGGAUCUCACUUUGCCCUGCCAGAACCACACAGCAGAGAAGCUGUACGAAUGUGUGGACUGUGGAAAUUCAGCCAGAGGCCAAGCCUGUGUACGCAUGAGAGGACCCACAUGGGCAAGAGGCUCUACCUGUGUGUCAAGUGCGAGAAGAGCUUCCAGAACAUCUCCAACCUGAAGUCACACUGAAGUGCCCAUUCCAAAGUGCCCAUUCCAAAGUGCUUGCAGGUGCUCGGAGUGUGGGAAAAGCUUCCUGGGGAGUUUGGAUCUUAGCAGACAUCAGAGAUUCCACACAGGAGAGAGCUCACGAGCAGCCCAAUUAUUUGGAAAACUUAUUUUAAAUAAACAGUGGUUUUGCACAGUG